CAAAUUGAAAAUGGUGUCAACUCUAGUUACGCCACCAAUGAACAUUGCCGUCAGAUAUCUCUAAUCCCAACACUAAUGAUGCUCUUUGAGACCACUGCCUUCACACAACUUCCUCAACUUUUGCUCACUAAAGUCAAUUUCUUGUCUGCUUCCACUUGUUCCUCAGCAAAUUCACACACAACCACAACCCAACAACCACCUGAACAACCCUCUUCUUCUUUCUCUCUCUUCACCAUCACCAACACCAACAAGAACAAAAACAAAUAACAAUCCAAGAAAGAAAAGGAAGACGAGAAAGAAAGAUUGGAUUUUUAUUCUUACUUCGAUGGACCCGAAGUUCACCGGAAAGCCGCCGCUGACGGUGGACCUUGAACGCAUGCCGGAGCGUGGGUCCCACCACCGCCGCUCCCACUCCGACACGUCCUUCCGCUUCGCCGCGAACUUCGAUGACCUGCUCCUCUUCGACGCCUCCGACCUCGACAUCUCCACGCUCCCCUCGCCGCUCCCUCUGCCUUCACCGGGGGCCUCCGGCGCGGUGCCGAUAGCGGUAGAUUCCGACGAGUCCGGCGGAAGGCCGAGGCCUUCAGGGGCACCCGCCGGCGGGCACUUGAGGAGUCUGUCGGUGGGCUCCGAUUUCUUUGACGGGAUCGGAUUCGGCGGCGGCGAGGAGAGGGGCGGCGGAGGGAGGGGCGGCGGCGAGCGGAGGGUGGGGCACCACCGGCACAGCAACUCCAUGGACGGGUCCUCGACGACGUCGUUUGAGGCGGACUCGGCGAUGAUGAUAGAUGGCGUGAAGAAAGCUAUGGCUCCUGAUAAACUAGCUGAACUCGCUCUUAUUGAUCCCAAAAGAGCUAAGAGGAUUCUUGCUAACAGGCAAUCUGCUGCUAGAUCAAAGGAGAGGAAGAUUCGUUACACCAGUGAAUUGGAGAGGAAGGUGCAGACACUUCAGACUGAAGCAACCAACCUAUCUGCACAGCUUACCAUGCUUCAGAGAGACACCACAGAUUUAACUGCAGAGAAUAAGGAACUCAAACUGCGUCUAGAGGCUUUAGAGCAAGAAGCACAGCUUAGAGAAGAUCUGAAUGACGCAUUGAAGGAAGAACUGCAGCGCCUUAGGGCGCAGAGUACUCGUCUGGGUGCUAUUGCAGGUAACCCUUCUUUUGGUGGGAUAUUCAACCAGUUGGCUUCCCAGUUAGCGAUGCAACAGUUGAGUAAUUCUGCACCACAGCAACCACAACACCAGGCACAGGUUGGCAUGCCUCCUCCUCCCUCUGGACAGAACCACCCUAACUUCAUGGAUUUCAAUCAGCAGAAGUAGCUCACAACAGCUGUAGCAGUAAAUGAUUUGUUCAUCACAAGUAACAUCUUGUGCACAUACAUGUAUAACCGGUGAGACUUGUGAAGGGCAUAUUGUGCAGUUCAGUGUUCUUAGUUCUGUGUUGCUGUUUAUCUUUAGUUCUAGGAUAGAACCGUUAUAUGUACUUUCUGCAGUUGUAGGUUAGAAGCACAGCCUUUGAAACAUGUGUUAUAGCUCUUGGUUGAAUGAAGGUAACAAAAUAUGUUAUUGAUUGAA